AUGUUAACGCACAAAUCUGGAAAGUGUUACUUAGGUUCUCAGGCAGACGACUUCAUCAAAUAUUUUAUCAAAAAGAAAACUCAUGUUUCAUUCUUUUAUGAUGCUGAGGAAUUGAGGUUCGAAAUCCAGUCGGAGGAUGUGGUCCAUGUGGAGAAAAGAGAAGUUACCAUGAGCAUACUUGGGACCCUAAUUUCAAAAGGCUACAAAACGGUUAGAGUAAGAUUCACCGUCACUCCUAGGAAGGAAGACAUUACAAAAAGCUGCUUGGAGUACACCUUCGAGUUCGACAAAAAGAUUAACAAGGAAAACAAUUACAGCGGAAAAACAAAGAUCGUCGAAUCUCUACUCACGUACAUCGUUAUAAGCGAUAGCAACAAUAGGAGGAGUGAUGAUAAUUUUGAGUACAACUCCAUUUACGUUGGGUAUCCGGCGGAAGAAUGCUUUAAACGUUACGUCAAAGCAUUUGAAGAAAAUGUUGACGUGAACGUGGAGGAUGUGAAAUCGAAGAAUAGGAAAUUUACGAUGAGUUUCAAUGACGCUCCUAACUUGCGGGAUCCUUACAGCGGUGAUGUAGGUGUUUUCGAGAGGGUGGAAGUAACCAUCACUAUUACUCCUAAAAAACAUGAUAACAUCAGUAGCCGCGUGGAAUGGACCAUGAAGGUCGACAAGGUUGAUGAUACCGCUAAAUUAGAACCAACGACAGUCUCGAGCGCGAGCGUUGCUCGUGUCGAACUCCACUUGUUUGAUUUUGGAAGUGAAUCUAGCUUUCGUGGGGAGGAAGAUGUGACUCGUGGGUUCGAGCCUUCUCUCGAGCGAAGGUCUACACCGAAGGACAAUCAAGCGAGGCACCAGUGA